GCUGCUGCGCUGCUGCCCGCAAUUUGCCAUCUACUCUCGUUCGUUCGCACGUUCGUUAGCUGCGCUUCGUCGCUAUCAGUAACACACACCCGAACCGACGAAAUUGUAGUGCGGCCGUAGCCGCAGCGUGCAAACGAGCACACAAAAGCCAUAAGAGACAGCUAACGAAAUUCAACCGAGCCGCUGAAACGGGGCCUGCCGAACGGUUCGCAUGGCCUUUUCUUUGCUUGCCAUAUUUGUGCGCGCUCGCCCGUACGCCUGCCUGCCUGCUUUGCUGCGGUCGCUGCCACUGCCACUGCAUCGUCAUCAUCGUCGCGUUAUUGUUGUUGCUAUUGCUUUCGUUGCCCGUUGUCUGGCAUGGCCUGGCCUGCCUGGUUAGCAUAUGUACAUAGUACGACGACGUCGCUGCCAACGACGCGGACUACAGCGACUGCGGACAGUGACGGCGGUGGUGGUGGUGUAUUUUAUGCACAAACGUGUGUCGGUGUGCGUUUUGUGUAUAUUGGGGGCUUCAACUUCAGUUCGUAGAAAUAAUUUUCGUUACGACGAUCACACUCGUUUAUGUAUUGCGAAGACGUGAAGACGUAGCGAAGGCCGCGGCGCUUGAAUUUUCGCGUACAAUACAAACACUUGAAGAAAGCAUGCAUACAUCUGUGCACACACAUAGUAAUUGCAAUUAGAAAAUUAUCUCAAAAGAUUACCCAUGAGAAGUUAUAAGCAAAAAUCAAUGUAGUGCCAAGCGAACAAAUAAAUCGCUGAUAAAAAUAUAUAAGAGAAUAAAUAAAAAAGCAAAUUAUAUGAAGAAAUAUGGGAAGAGUGCAAUGUGAAUAAGUUGUACGAGUGAAUGUGGUGUGAAACUCAUGGAAAGGCCCCUCUACAAAGCGGAUUGCCUGAUAUUUGUAUUUGUGCAAAAGAAAAUUUAUUUAAGUGGGGCACUCUAGGCAGAUUACUGCCGUGAAAGCCGCUAUAUAUAAAAAAAAUUCUAUCAAAUAUAUGAAUAAGAAAUAUUAAAGAGUGAAUAAUAUAUAAAUUACAACUCGCACUGCGGGCCGACACUGCCUUUUUAAGCGGACGGACGUCGGGCGCCGCUAUCGUUUCACUGUUGUCAUCGCGCUUACGUACUAACGUAUGUGUGCUAGCGUGUGUGUGGUGUUGCCGUCUGUGCCGUGUUGACACGACAAAAACAGUAGCGUAUACGCGCCUUGUGUCGUUUAAAUAAAAAAAAGAAAGCAUACACAACAACAAAUUAUUAGCAACAAAACAACAGAACCACAGCACAAAAGCAAAAGGAGAAAGCUUGCAAAGGCGACAGUUUGCUCACGCGAGAGGAAUACGAAUACGAUAAAAACUUAACAAGUUACCGUGUGUGUACAAAUAAAUAAAUAACUUGUGAAUUCCCCUAUUCAAAUAAAACACCCUGUAAACACAGUACACAAUAACUUUUGUGACGUUCUAUUUUUAAGUACAUAAAUAAAAUUAAAAAAAUAGCAGUGCUAGAGUGAAUAAUGUAAAACAUAUAAAAUAAAUAAAUUUAUUCAAAAACCAAACACAGUUUUAUUGCUAUAUAAUUAUAUAUACUGGUAAAAGUAAGUUCUUCGAAUGCUUGACAUUCAAAUUCGUGUGUUUAUUGUGACUGACGCGACGUCAACUUAAAUGUUAUAAAGUACGUACGAUUUGACAAAUUCAAAAACACACGAAAGUUAAAGAAACAAACACAAAAAAAAAAAACAAAGGUGAAGAAAAAUAAGCAAAUACACUACGUUGUUUAGCGUCAGUUAACGCUAAAUCAAUAUUUUUAAAUUUUGUCAAAAUUCAAGCAGUCAGGUGCUAUAGACUCUGUCGCGAUGUCUGCUGAUAUACAAAUAGUCAGCGUAAUUGGCGCCAACGGCCAACCGUUGCCCAUACAAGGCAACAGCAUCGGUUCAAAUUGGAGCGCACCUGUGAAGCAGGAACGUGCUGAUGAAGCCGAAAUCCAAGAGUUGGCUGCCAAAAUGAUGGAAACACAAAAGGCCGCUUUGGCGAAACAGCAGCAACAGGCUGCACAACUGGCUACGCGGCAACAACAACAGUUGGGCGGCAUGCAAGCAGGCACGCUGAACAACAGCAACCAACCAAAUAUUAUGAACUAUUUAACACGCCAAAAGAACCUGCCGAACGGUACCAGUACCAAUGCCAGCAAUGGCAGCGGACGCAAUAGUGCGCAACAGAAUGGCAAUGGCAAUAAUGGUGAUGUCAGCAGUGAGAAGAAAGCGCCAUGUGAUGAGGAGUCACAGAAGGGCCAUUUCGGUUGGACCACGUUUGGCAAAACAUACAUUCCGUAUAUCUAUCGGCAGCAGGAGAAGUAUUGUUCUGUUCGGAUGAUUGAAAUGAAAUUAUUGGGCAAAUAUCUUAAUUGCUUGCAUCCGGAUAUUUACUCGAGUUGCACAUGUGUGCGCAGCUAUUACAUUACCGAAGCAGAGGCAAGACUACUGAUUGAAAUCAAUAUAAAACACUGUGAUGGUGAAUUUGGACGUGACAUAUUCACACAAAAGGAUUUGGUGGUGCGCUUAUCGGACGCAACUAAAUUUUAUCAGUUCCUAGACAUAUGCUAUCGCAAACUAAUGUCCGGUAGCAAGUCACCUUCCGAGAAGUGCGGUUUUAUACGCAUAAAUAAGGAGUCGGUAGUACCGUAUACGGUGCGCAAUAACGAACAAGUGGUGCCGCUUUUCUAUUUCGAAGGCGAAACGGAAAAUCUCAAACAGAAAGCCGACUAUCUGUCCGGUUGGGAUCUGGCAUAUUUGAAGUUCUGCUGCAAAGUGCAGGGCAUACGCAAUGAAUUGUUUUCUAGUGAAAAUGUCGCCGUCAUAUCACUGACGGACAUCAAAAGCUAUUUCCCUAAUGGCACCGAAUUCGAAGACUAUUGGCCCAGCAAAGUUGUUGACUCAAAUCUGCUUAUUGGCAAUCGCACAAAUGCUAAUAAUUCGGUUAAUUGGACCCGCCAACCAACGCAACCACCACCCAAAGUGAUGUCUCAAACGAGUUUGUUGCAAAAACAAACUGCUGCAGCGGCGGUUGCAGCACAACAACAGAUGCUGAAACGUGGCGCCAACGCGUAUGCAACACAAUCACCUGCAGCAGCAGCAGCGGCGGCCGCAGCCGCGGCAAUGCAACAACAGCAGCAGCAAUCCGGUCAACGGAUGCAUCCAUCUAAUGCCACAUUGGCAACGGUGCAGGCUCUAACAAAUAGCUGGAUGCAGCAACAGCCGUUAUUACAUGCACAAAUGUUGGCAUCACAGGCGCAACAAUCCCACCCAAAUUCCCGUGCAGCUCAGUAUCAACGCAGUCCCAUGGAGAAUAUCCUGUUGGGAAAUCGGCCGGCGUAUACUUACAAUAACCAAGCGAUUUCUAUGCAACCCGUGAAUAGUCACAAUCAAGCGAAUGCACCGCCACCGUUGGUGCGUUCAGGCGCAGGUCAAAGCGCCAACCAUAUGUCAAAUGUCGAGCAAACUCUGCUGCAACAACAAACACAACAGCAACAACGACAUUCUUCCACUUCCUCCUCCGCCUCCCCGCAUGCGUCUGCCAAUCAUAUACAAAGCCCCUCCCACCCCCUUUCACAGUUGCACGCUACCACAGCUGCCGCAACCAGUGCUGCCAAUCUGUACAAUUUCAAUUUGCCUUCCACUGCUGCGGAUUUAGCUUUCUGGAAUCAAUUGACUCCAUCACAACGCCUGCUGCUCACACAGCAAAUCAAGAGUAAUGGCACAGUGGCGGGCACUGCAGCUGCCUCAAGCGCUGAGCGUUCGAGUAGCAGCAGCUUGAACAUUAGUAAACCUCCCGCGUUUCCGAUUUUUCCCUCGCUACCGUUGGAUACUGAUCUUAAAACUAUGCUGGAUUACAAUCCACAUAAGCAUAGCAGCAAGAGCGGCACAUCCGCGAGUAGUUCAGCCAAUGGACAGUUUAUGAAACCGACGGUGCCACCUUUAAUACCAGUGAGCAGUUCUGGUGAUGUUUCUAACAAACGCAGUGCCAGUGGCACAACUUCCUCGUCGCGUCAUGCAAGUGCGACGUCGACGUCCGCUUGCGCUACAGUACCGUUAAAUUCUACAGCAUCCCUGGAGGAUUUUGAAAAGAAAUUCAAAAUGACAGACGAAAUGAAGGCUGUGGUACAGAAGGUACUUUCCAAUCCCGAUUUGUCCACUUUCAUUCAGACGAAUUCGUCACAGAACUUUGUUCCUUUUAUGUCGCCACCCAUAUCGCCGGCGCCAUCACUGUCCAUUGUGCCUAAUCCCAAUGUAACGAUAACGCCACAUAUACCCACCCAAUAUGCGCAUUCACCGCACGCAUCCGCGGCUGGUAGUGGUUGUGGACGGCAGAAGAGCGUCAUUUGUUCAACCAGUGCAGCGUUGACCGUGCCUCCCUCACCUUCCACCUCGAACUCUACCUCCACGCCUUCACCAUCGCCAACGAGAUCGCACGGCUCGUCCGGCGGUUCAGGCACUGGUUCGAGCAAGAGCGGUAGCCAUUAUUCCUCCCAACACUAUAACAGCCAUCAACACCACCACUCCUCCCACCAUCACCACAGUCAAAAUCAUCACCAGAAUACGCCUCCAAUGGAAGUAAUUGAUUUAUCUUCCCCCCGAAGGUCUGUUCAAGCUGCCUCCGCUUAUCUACAACAACAGCAGGAAGUUCAUCAAGCAGCAGUUGCCGCGGUACAACAACAACAUCGAUUGGCUGCCGCUGCCCAACACCAUGCGCAACAAAAUGGCCGCGCGUCAGGUGGCUCUUCGGCGAACGCGAACUCGGCGAGCAUGCAUUUGCAACGUCAUGCCGCGAUGGCAGCAGCUGCAGCCGCAAACAAUGCGCAACGACUGUCCAUCAUACCGGAAAUGCAGCAGUACGAGCGCGCAGCCAGCAACAUGGGCAAUCAGCCGUAUAAGGUGCAAAAGGUCUACGUGGACAAUCGGUUGGUGCCUUGCAUCAAUAUGAAGGCUUACAAUGACGCAGAUCAGCUGAUGACGCUGACCGAUUUCCAGAAGAGUUUCUUCCCGCACGAAUCCCUAGAGAACUGCAAAGUGCUGUUCGAGACUUUGGGUGUCGAGUUAUACAAGGGCAAUCGGCGACAACUGCAAGUGCUGCUGGAAAAUGACCGCUCGCAUAAUGAAAAUAUACCGUUGGUGCAAGUUCGUGACGUCAUGAAAUAUAUGAAACAGUUAUUGUUUAUGACUCGAAACCAGGAUCAGCCGCAUUCGAAGCGGACACGUAUAAGCUAGGAAAUGGGUUGGGGAGCACAACAUAUACAACAACAACAUCAACAACAACAACAGCAGCAGCAACAAGCUCAACAA